GCCGAUUAGGAAAUGAUGUAAAGAGGGAAAGUGUUUGUAUCUUGGGGUAUUGCGAGCGGGCGAGGGCUUGACAGAUCAUGUUGUCACAGAGACACAAAGGGGACUUGGCUCGCUUUUAUACGGUAACCGAUCCAAAAAGACACAGAAAGGGCUACACGGUCUAUAAAGUGACAGCGCGGGUCGUUUCAAGGAGAAGCCCUGAGGAGGUCCAAGAGAUAGUAGUUUGGAAACGUUACAAUGAUUUUAAGAAACUUCACAAAGAGUUCUGGCAGCUUCAUAAAACUUUAUACAGGCAUCCAGAAUUAUUUCCACCUUUUGCUAAAGGAAAAGUUUUUGGCCGUUUUGACAAGUCUGUGAUUGAAGAGAGAAGACAGUGUGCUGAAGAUCUCCUGCAGUUCUCAGCUAAUGUCCCAGCCUUGUAUAAUAGUAAACAGCUGGAAGAUUUCUUUAAGGAUGGCGAAGUUUACGAUGGAUCGGAACUCAUUGGUCCAGUAGAUCCCUCAUCAGAGUCGCUGAAUGAUAGUUUAUCGGAUGGCAGUACUGAAGCCCGAAGAGACUUCUUUGAUGAUGUCACUCUUAGUAGUCAAUCAGAAUGUGGUGAACAAGAACAACCAGGCUUGUCCAGUGAUAGUGAUGUCUUGUCACUGACAGUAGAUGUGGAUUCUCUCACUGAAUGUGAUGAUGGAAUGGCAUCAAAUAGAAGCUCACCAAGCAAUAUAGAAAGACUUAGAGGGUCCCUGAACCUACUGCAAGACUUGCUACCUCUCCUCAUCAGGAUAUGAGCAAAGAUGGAGCAGAAGGAAGCAAAGUCUUGUGGUCACAACCAUUUGGAAGUCUGAAGCAACAGAACUGGGAGAGGUGACUACUUGGUAAAGGCAGGAGAGCAGAAAGCUGCAUUGCAAAAGGAGGCAGAACAGGAUUAUGAAAGUGCCUAAUUCUACCGGGCUGGAGUUGAUUUGUUGCUUCAAGGAGUUCAAGGUGAAGCAAGCCCGAGUCGCCGAGAAGCGGUAAAAAAGAAGACUGCGGAGUAUCUAAUGCGUGCAGAACAGAUCUCUGCCCAGUGUCUCGGGACAUCCAUGGGCAGUGGUCCUCUUCAAUCGUGGCCUCCAGGACCGCUAAGUUCAAGGCCUGCUUGGAACCUGAGGAGUCCUGCAGAGGAGCUGAAGGCCUUCAGAGUCCUUGGGGUGAUUGACAAGGUUUUGCUCGUGUUGGAUUCCAGAACACAGGAAACCUUCAUUUUAAAAAGUCUAAGGAAAAGCAGCGAGUGCAUCAGGAACAAAAAAACCAUUGUUCCCCACUGUGUGCCUAACAUGGUACAACUGAAGAAGCAAAUAGUCUCUGAUGACUCCAUCUUUCUUUUGCUGCAGCAUGCCGAAGGGGGUAAACUGUGGUCGCACGUUUGCAAGUUCCUCCAGAAAAUGUCUGAGGAAAGCUUUAAAGCACCAGAUCCAGGCAAACAUAGCUCCAAGACACUUACUGUACAAGAUGAUUUUACUGUGGACCAAUUGAGCACCGAAGGCUUGGGCAGCAGUAUCGGCUCUGGGGCAAGUGACCUUGGAAAUAUGCUUCAGGACCAGCCUAUGAAUAGCAAUCUGACUUCAAGUUCACAGGAUGAUAGCAGCGUCCCAGAUGAAGAUGCGCAGGACAAUUCACAUGACUUGUUAGGGCCACCGUCAUCAGAUUCUGAAGCAGAUGUCGAAGGGUGCACUAGCAGCUAUCUUACUUUGUGCCAUGAAUAUGAACAAGAGAAGACAGAGCCUGACAGUCUGUCAUCUGAAACUUUUCCAACAGUUUAUGAGGAUGUACCUGGAAGUUCUGCAGAAAUCGGAAUGACCACCAGAUCACAUUCCCUUCUCAGUAAUGACAGUCUUUGUUCCCCUACCACAAUUCAAGAGCUUCGAUUUUUCACUGAUGAUAUUAACGUAGAAGCCUUUAGUCCUACAAAGACCUCUGAAUCACUAAAUCUGUCUAAAAAUAGUCCAAUGGAAUUUUUCAGAAUUGAUAGCAAGGACAGUACAAAUGAAUUGGUAAGUCUUGAUCUAGGAGAAAAAAUCCAAACUGAAAAAAGUGACUGGGAACCAAAUUUUAAUCUGGUACCUGAAACAGAUACUAAGAGUAAUUUUGAUGCUAGUGACAUUAAACUGGAUUCCACUGCCUUAUUAUUCCCAGAUAAUUACAGCAGAGGAUCCUCCAAUGAUUGUGUACCAGUUAUCUCCUUCCAGGAUGCAGCAGGUGGGGAUACAAGCAGCUGUGAAGAGGGUAGGCCUGAUCUAUUAGUGAAUUUACCAGGUGUUUCACAGGACGGUGAGGCAGCUGGAGUGUUUUUAUCUGAUAAAUGCAGCGUGACCAACGGUGAUAAUUCAGAGAAUAGGCUAUAUGAAAAACCUGACGUUUUACAAGUUAAUUAUAAUAUUGAUCAUUGCAUGAAUUCUCAAGGAACACUGGAACUGAUUUUACUAGAUGAAGAAGCCUCUAGUGAUGGAAACAUAGACAAAGUCUCAAAACAUCAUUUGCAACUUUCUGAGAAUAGAAAGGAACAAGAUCUAAUUGAACAACUCGAUACCAGCAUGCCUGUUGAGGAAGAAGUAGAAUUUAAUUUCUUACUCCCUGUCAGCCAAACUGAAAAUACGUCAUCAGUUUUGAAUGUUGCAUCAUAUAGCGCCUUAGAUAUGACACACACCAAUCAAAAUCUGAGCCCUGUCCCUCAAUUACAUGAUCCAAUCAGUAAUUAUGAUGCUGUUUCAGGUGAAGAUUAUUCUAAUAACAAAGAACUUGGCCGAACAAUGAAAGAAGAGGUUACAGACAAAGGAGGUUCAGAUGAGGAGCUAGCAUUUGGAGAACACAUAGGCAGCUGUGACCAAGGAACACAGGACAGUGUUUCACAUUCAGAGAGCACCAGUGAAGCACCAGUGGCAGAAAGCCAUAUUGCCACAAGGACAAAUGGGGAUACAUUAGUAUCGCACAUGUUUAAAGAGCUAGAAGAAAGUUUCAUGCGAGCUUCCAAUGCUCGUAUUCCAGAGAGUUGUAUUCAGCAUUGGGCAGCAGAGAUGGUUGUCGCCCUUGAUGCACUUCAUCGAGAAGGAAUCAUAUGCCAUGAUUUGAACCCAAACAACAUCUUGCUGGACGACAAAGGACACAUUCAACUAACAUAUUUUAGCAGAUGGAGUGAGGUUGACGAUUCCUAUGACAGCAGUGCCAUAGAGAAAAUGUACUGCGCCCCAGAGGUUGGUGGGAUAGCAGAAGAAACCGAAGCUUGUGACUGGUGGAGUCUAGGUGCAAUUUUAUUUGAACUCUUGACUGGAAAACCUCUGUUUCAGUGCCAUCCAGCUGGAAUAAAUACACACACAGCUCUAAACCUGCCAGAUCACAUAUCAGAGGAAGCUAGAUCAGUGGUACAGCAGCUUUUGCAGUAUAAUCCCAGUGAGAGGCUUGGUGCUGGUGUGUCAGGUGUUGAAGACAUCAAAUCGCACCCAUUCUUCCACACAGUGGACUGGUCCAGAGUAACAAAGUAAAGAACUAAUGCAAAUAAGACUUCAUCAUUUUACUGCACUAACCAAGAUUGUACUUGGAGGUGAAUAUACCACAUGCCAAAUCCCAGCUGUCAACCACCUAAGACAUGAACUGUGUAACUGCUGUUGAGCAAGAUGGAGCAAUUGAAUUUUUGUUGGAAUGUUUCAUUAUGUUUGAGUCUGCAUUACAAUCGAUUCAGAUGCUGUGUUUUAGAUCAUGCUGCAGAAUCUGCAAUGAUUAUAUUCUGUGAAUGUAUAAAAUAGGCAGGUACAGCCAGAUUGGGAAAAAAGACAGUAAUGUGCACAAUUCCUAUUUAUUUAUAGAACAUAGUUUGUGGUGCUGUAACAUAUUGAAUUUAGCCUAUCCCUAAUGAGGGUAAUUUCUGCUGAUUAUUGUUACUAAUUACUAUUCUUAUUACAUGAACCAAUGAAUUGCAGGGUAUAGAUUAGAACCAACUAAAUAAAAUAGUUUACAAAUUACCUGCAAUGGAAACCUCUUCUUCCUAAAGAGUGACAUGUAAUGUUUUUCUUUAC